GAGAGAAGCAGGUUGAUAACCCCGAACCGAACCGAACCCAGCUGCCGGUACCAGAACCAGGAGCUCAGGGAAACCGAGCCGCCGAUCAGCUGCUGUUUGGAUCCCGGUUCUGUUGACGACCCAGAUGGAACCAGAACCACUCAGACUGGAAGUUGAUCACGUUUGGACCUGAAGCGGAUCAUUUUGUUAUUUUGUUUGAGAUGGAGAACUACAGCCGGGCCCGGGUCGUGGAGCAGCCGUGCGUCUCUCCGUUCGCCGAUCUUCCCGACACGCCGGAGGUCCGGGUCAGAGGCGGCAGCAAGAUCCGGAACCUGCUGCGCUUUGCUCUGAGCCAGCUGGAGGCUGGGCCGGGCUGGGCCCAGAAGGAAGGGGAAGAGGCCGGUUCUGGUCCUGGUCCCAGCCCCGCUCCGCCCUGCGGUCGGCUGCUGUUCAGCGCCAGCGGCCGGGCCGUUUCCAAGGCGAUCACCUGCGCGGAGGUGGUGAAGCGGCGCCUGACGGGGCUUCACCAGCUGACCCGGCUGGCCCAGUCCACGGUUCUGGAGGUGUGGGAGCCACUGGAGGCCGGCUCCGGCCUGGACAGCCUGACCGUCAGCAGGAAGCUGCCGGCCGUCUGGAUCCUGCUCUCCCGGGAGCCGCUGGACCCGGAGCAGCCCGGCUACCAGGCGCCGGGGCGCUACGACGCCCUGUGGGCCCCGGAGGGCGCCGGCGGGGCGGGCGCCGGGCUCCGCAGGAGGAGAGGAGGAGGAGGAGGAAGAGGGAAGGGUUCCGGCCGACACACCGGCCGCUCCAGAGAGCCUGGCAAAGGACAGUAGAGGUUUCCAUAGCAACUGGACAGGAAGUGACUCCAUGUUUGCGUUGACGUCCAGUUUGAUGUUUUGACUUAAUAAAGUUUAGCAGGAGAAAGUA